AAUUCUGUUAUAAUACUUACUAUUAGUAUCCAGACCUAGAUUGAACACCUUUUCAUACUCGUUCCUUCUAUGCGAAUAACAUUGGAAGUGGUGGUUGCAAUUAUGCAUUUGUGACAAACAGAUGCAAAAUAUUUAGACUUUGUAAAAAUUGUACUUGUAUUUAAUCUUAGAAUAAAUAAACGUGGACAAACCAGAGAUUCCUCUGCUAGACACAUGAAGAGUUCAUGAAGAAUUCUCGUGAAAUUUAAUAUUAAGAGUAUGUUAAAUAUAUUGCAAAAAGUGUGUAUUAUUAUCUCUUGUUACUCUUAAUAUUUAGGCCAAAAUUAUAUCAUACAAGUAUAAGGCAAUUCAAAAAUUUCUUUGAGACUUUGUGUUACACUUAUGUGAAGACAAAAUGGCGGACGACAGUCACAAAAUGGAUGAUGAUGAGUUGGCAGCGAUAUUUCUGCAGUAUUUCAGACUGAUUAAGGAAAUACAGAGGAUGAGCAAGAAAAUUCAACUACUUUCUUUAGCUAAAACAUUAGAAUCUGAAUCCGGAAAGGAAUCCGGAUCUGAUUCGGAGAAUGAAAGCAAAAGCGAUAGCUCCUCUUCCGGAAGCAAUAGCGGUUCAGGAUCAGGCUCAGAAAGUGACUCUAGCUCCUCGAGCGGUUCCGGUUCCGGAUCAGGCUCUGAUUCGGAAAAGUCAGAGAAGUCCGAUGCACCUGCUGCACAAAGUGAUAGCUUCCAGAGCAAAAGCUCGAAUCACAGCACAGAAACAAAGCAUAGAGUUAAACAUGAGUCUAGCCGUGAGUGGGACGAAAAUCCUGACAUAUACGGCAUCAGGAGAUCCGGGCGUUCCAGGAAGGAGCCCGACAGGCUCGCCACGAAUCGCGAGAGCGACAGCGAUAGUCGCAAAAAGUUUAAGAAGAAAGGUUCACACAAUUCUUGGAAUUCAGAGAGUUCAGAUUCUGAAUCUGACGAAAUUGAAAAUCGAAGGCCGCCUCCUAGCAAGUCCCUAAACAGACGUGCGGCGCAAAAAGCGAAAGAAAAAGCCAAGGUGCGAAAGAAGCGGAGCUCUGAAUCUUCUGAAAAUUCUUCCUUUGAUAGUGAUGACAAUAGAAGGCAAGUUACUAGACGGACUGGUACAGCAGUUAGUUAUAAAGAAGAAAGUGAAGCAGGUACUGAUAGUGAAGACUUGGUUGAAGUUGACGAAUCGAAUGCUGCGUCAACAGAACCUGAUAAUGCAGAAACUAUCGAACAAAUUUUGGGACAGAGAGUGGGCAAGAAAGGCAUUACUGGCAACGUGACGACCAUCUAUGCUGUCGAAGAAAAUGGUGAUCCCAAUCCAGAGGAUCUAAGUAAUCUAGAAACUGAAAUACAAUAUUGGAUAAAAUGGAAAGGCUGGUCUCAUAUACACAAUACAUGGGAAUCGGAGGAAUCCUUGAAAGCACAAAAAGUAAAAGGAUUGAAAAAAUUAGACAAUUUUAUCAAAAAAGAACGAAGAAUGCAACAAAUGAGAGAAUACGCUGAACUAGAGGAAUUGGAAUAUUUGGAGUGUCAAUCGGAGCUCAAGCAAGAUCUUCUGAAAAGUUACAACAAUGUUGAGAGGGUUAUUGCUGAUUAUAAGAAACCAGAUUCAGAACAUCCUGAUUAUUUUGCUAAAUGGGAAAAUCUACCAUAUGCUGAGGCCACAUGGGAAGAUGGAGCGUUGAUAGUAAAAAAAUGGCCAGAGAAAAUAAAAGAAUUUCGCGAUAGGGAAGAGUCUAAAAGAACACCAAGCAAACAUUGUAAAGUUCUUAAAUCUAGACCUAAGUUUUAUCAAUUAAACGAACAACCAUCUUAUAUGGGCAAAGAAAAAGAUCUAGUGUUGAGAGAUUAUCAAAUGGAUGGAGUUAAUUGGAUGAUUCAUUCCUGGUGUAAGGAAAAUAGUGUUAUAUUAGCCGAUGAGAUGGGUCUCGGCAAAACUAUCCAAACAAUAUGCUUCCUUUAUUAUCUUUUUCACACGCAACAACUUUAUGGGCCAUUUUUACUAGUAGUUCCUUUGUCAACAAUGACUUCCUGGCAAAGGGAGAUGUCUCAAUGGGCACCUGAUUUAAAUUUUGUUAUUUAUUUGGGUGAUGUCACUUCGCGUAAUGUUAUCAGAGAAUAUGAAUGGUGCUACCGAGGAUCGAAAAGACUAAAAUUUAAUGUCAUACUUACAACAUAUGAGAUAGUACUUAAAGACAAAGCACUGUUGGGUGCCUUAAAUUGGGCAGUGCUGUUAGUGGAUGAAGCUCAUCGAUUGAAAAAUGACGAUUCUCUUCUAUACAAAGCACUUUUCGAGUUUCACACCAAUUAUCGUUUGUUAAUCACUGGUACUCCACUACAAAAUAGCUUAAAAGAGUUGUGGGCUCUAUUACACUUCAUUAUGCCUAAUAAAUUUGUCUCGUGGGAAGAAUUCGAGAAACAACAUGAUAAUGCUGCGCAAAAAGGAUAUUCCAAACUACACAAACAAUUGGAGCCAUUUAUCCUACGUCGAGUCAAGAAGGACGUUGAAAAAUCUUUGCCUGCUAAAGUUGAACAAAUUUUACGGGUAGAGAUGACGUCCGUACAGAGACAGUACUAUAAAUGGAUAUUGACUAAAAAUUACGAAGCAUUAAGAAAAGGCAUGAAGGGAUCCAGUACAACAUUUUUGAACAUUGUAAUUGAAUUGAAAAAAUGUUGUAACCAUGCUUACCUUACGAAACCAAUUGAGGCCGAAAGGGAGAAAAGCAAUGAGGAUUAUUUGCAGCAACUAAUCCGUGGUUCUGGGAAAUUAGUACUUCUAGAUAAAUUAUUAGUGAGAUUGCGUGAUACGGGACACAGAGUAUUAAUAUUUAGUCAAAUGGUCAAAAUGUUGGACAUUCUUGGUGAAUAUCUGCAAAAGAGACAUUUCCCAUUCCAAAGAUUAGACGGCAGUAUAAAGGGAGAACUGAGGAAGCAGGCGCUGGAUCAUUUUAAUGCUGAGGGGUCGCAGGAUUUUUGUUUUCUGUUAUCGACGCGAGCCGGUGGUCUCGGCAUAAAUCUUGCCACCGCGGAUACUGUGAUAAUUUUCGAUUCCGACUGGAAUCCACAAAACGAUUUGCAGGCCCAGGCUAGAGCACACCGAAUAGGACAAAAGAAUAAGGUCAAUAUUUAUCGAUUGGUUACCAAAAAAUCAGUCGAGGAAGAAAUUGUCGAACGUGCAAAGCAGAAAAUGGUAUUGGACCAUUUAGUGAUACAGCGAAUGGAUACAACUGGACGGACAGUGUUGGAUAAGAAGAAUGCAGGGACCAAUAACAAUCCAUUUACCAAAGAAGAUUUAACUGCUAUCUUGAAAUUUGGCGCGGAGGAUUUGUUUAAAGAUGAAGAAGAUGGAGAUGAGGAGCCAGCAUGCGAUAUAGAUGAGAUCUUAAAAAGAGCCGAAACAAGAGACGAAGGUCCGACGACAGUUGGCGAUGAAUUGUUAUCCGCUUUUAAAGUCGCCAGUUUUAAACCUACUUUUGAGGAGGAUUUGGAACCUAUUAAUCAGUCGAAUGAUAACGACGAUGAAAGUAAAGAUUGGGCUGAAAUUAUUCCCGAAAACUUCCGGAAAAAAGUAGAAGAAGAAGAGAAAUCGAAGGAAAUGGAGGAUCUUUAUUUGCCACCAAGAAGUAGAAAAACGCUACAGCAACUCAAUCAGAGCGAAGGAAGAGGUAGAAAGCGCAAAAAAAUGCAGGAUGAUAGCGAAGAGGACGAGGAGACGGGUAGCGAGGCGGAAGGUAGUGACGAUGAAAGACCCAAGAAAAGAGGUAGACCGAGAGUUACACCGCGCGAAAAUGUCAAGAGUUUUACGGAUGCUGAGAUACGAAGAUUCAUCAAAAGUUACAAGAAGUUCCCGGCACCUUUAAAGCGAUUGGAAGAUAUCGCGGCUGAUGCUGAUUUACAAGAAAAACCAAUGUCAGAAUUGCGUUUCUUGGGCGAACAAUUAAAAUCUAGAUGUGACAUGUGCUUAGUGGAAUUUGAAAAUAUGGCGAAGGAGAACAAAGCUGGCGAGGAAGAAGGCAAGGGACCCGGUCGUAAAAGAGGACGGGGACCUACUUUCAAGAUGGGUGGUGUUAUGGUGAACGCAAAAUCAGUUUCGGCUGCGGUUAAAGAACUUGAGCCUUUGGAACAAGCUUUGCCAUCCGAUCCCGAGCAACGUGCCAAUUGGCACCUCGACAUUAAAUCGAAACCAGCAAAUUUUGAUUGCGAAUGGACGUCCGAAGAUGAUUCGAAAUUAUUAAGAGGUAUAUAUCAACAUGGUAUGGGUUCGUGGGAAGCGAUAAAAACGGAUGCUAGUUUGCAACUGAGCGAUAAGAUCUUUCCUAAUGGCAGUAAAGUACAACUUAAACGUGUGAACGCACGCGCAGAAUAUCUUCUAAAGAUUUUGAAGAAGCAAAUCGAUCUUAAGUUAGGAGUGCAGUUAUUCCAGACACGAAUAAGAAAACCAAGGAAGCCUAAAGAAAUAAAAACAGCAAUCACUAAAGAGAUUGUAGAAGAUAAUGAUACUUCUGGUGAUGAAACUAAAAAAUCAAAGUCCAAAAAUGACAAAUCUGGGAUUAAGAAAGAAGAAGAUAGUGUUGCAAAAAAAGACAUUAAGGAUGAAAUUGAUGAUUUAUCUGACGACAAGAAAAAGGAAAAGAAGAUUAAAAAGGAAAAGAAAGAGAAUAAGAAAGCGAAGAAAAAUAAACAAGCCGCAGGUCCUAUGCAUUUUACUGCGAAUAAUGAACCGCGAGCUGUUGAUGUAAUUGGUGAAUUGGAUCCUCCGAUAUUUGAUGAGUGUAAAGAGAAGAUGAGGCCAGUGAAAAAGGCGUUAAAGGCUUUAGAUAAACCAGAUAUGUCACAGCCCGAAGACGAGCGAGUCGCUCGUGCGCGUCGAUAUCUUUAUCAAAUUGGAAAUCAUAUCAAUACUUGUCUUACGGAAUACAAAAAUCCUGAACAAGUUAGCGAAUGGAAAAGUAAUCUCUGGUAUUUUGCUUCCAAAUUUACAAAUUUUAAAGCGAGAAAACUUUAUAAAAUGUUUAAGAAUUUGGUGAAGCAAGAUAGCGAUAAUAAUGGCGGUACUACAUCCAGUCCUGACAAAAAAGAGGAUGCUUCUAAUACUGCAAAGAAACAUAAUGAAAGAUCGUCUCACGAUAAACAACAGACAGACAGUGGUAACAAAGACAGUAGAACAACGAAACGUAAAAUUGAUGAUAUUGAAGAGAACUCAAAUAGCAGUACACAAAGUAAGAAACAGCUCCAGAAUAUUUCUGCCGUCAACAGCAGUAUCAGCAGCACAUCUACAGUUACUAUUGGUGCUAUUACUAUUACUCCUAUAACAUCAACGCCAAAUACCACAUCAAGUACUAACAGUGCAGAAACAUCACGACAUAAAGAACAAAAAGAGUCAAAGCAUAAAGAUAUGAAAAGAGAUAGGGAGCGUGACAGGGAUAGAGACAGAGGACACAACGACAGGGGUAUGGAUAGAAUGAGUGGAGGAAAGGAUGACAGGAUUAGAAGAGACAGUGGUUACAACAUGGGACAUUAUAGUGGCGGCAGGGAAGAUGAUCAUUGGUUAUCCAGGGAUGGAAGAGAUAUGAGAGACGGCAGAUUCGGAGAUCACAAACGGAGUGACCGUUUCGAUAUUUAUAGUCGAAUGUCUAGCGGUUAUCACAGAGAUAGAGACAGGGAUCGAGAUCGUGGUAUGCACAUGAACGACAAAAGGAGUGAUUAUUAUCGAUAUUCUUCGGGACCGCCGAGUUAUGGGUACAAUCCAGGUUAUGGUGGCAGCAGCGGAGGUGGUUAUCCUCCAUCGGAUAUUGCACCAGGUCAUUUCAGAAGCCGCGGAUAUCCAGGAGACAACUAUUCCAAUGAUUGGCGGCCGAACAAGGAUUAUAGACGAGAUUACGAUAGAAGGCCACCACCACCAAAUGCCAACUCCUAGUGCUUCUUUUCUCUUCGGUUGUGACACGAUAGUGGUAUCGUCUUGUGUAUAAUUGUGUAUAAUUUUGAAUAAAAGUUAUACGUGUCUUUACAUGUAAGAAGUGCUGAUAAA